AUGGCCGACUUACCAGCGGAAAGACUGCAGAUGGAUCCACCCUUUUCCUAUGUUGGCUUAGACGUGUUUGGGCCAUGGGAGGUGAUCACACGCCGCACAAGGGGUGGCCAAGCCAAUAGUAAGAGGUGGGCAGUGUUGUUCACGUGCAUGUGUACCAGAGGAGUUCACAUUGAGGUGAUCGAGUCAAUGACUUCUUCAAGUCUCAUCAAUGCUCUCAGGAGAUUCUUUUCUAUCAGAGGUCCGGCCAAGCAACUGCGCUCCGACUGUGGGACGAAUUUCGUUGGUGCCUCUAGAGAGCUUAAAAUGAGUGAGAACGAACAAACAGCAGUGAGAGAAUAUCUCCUUGAGCAAAGAUGUUCCUGGGUGUUCAAUCCACCACACUCGUCUCAUAUGGGUGGUGCCUGGGAACGUAUGAUUGGAAUAACCAGACGAAUCCUGGAUUCAAUGCUCCUGAAAGACAGGUACACACAGCUUACCCAUGAGGUAUUAGUGACAUUCAUGUCUGAAGUGACAGCCAUCAUUAAUGCACGGCCUCUAGUCCCAGUCUCCACAGAUCCUGAAUGUCCCUUCAUUCUAACACCUUCCAUGCUUCUGACACAAAAAGCUGGUAAUCUCCCGACUUUACCAGAAGAUUUCAGUAAGAAGGACAUGUUCCAAUGCCAGUGGAAACGGGUACAAGCCCUAGCAGAAACAUUCUGGAAUAGGUGGAGGAAAGAGUAUCUUGGAACUCUUCAGAGCCGUCGCAAAUGGUUUCACAAGUAUCCAAACAUCGAAGAAGGAGACAUUGUUCUACUCAAAGACAAACAAGUCAAAAGGAAUGAGUGGCCAAUGGGGAUAACGGUGAAGGCUUUUAGUGGUCGGGAGCAUUUCCGUUGUGUUGUGGCUUAA